AUGUCGAAGACGGGAGAGGGGGAACAGGCAUUCGUGCAGAAACGGGCUGGAUGGGAUAACUUCGGGGUAAAUCCCAUUCAUUCAUUCAUCUAUACUCCAUACAUAUUGGCCACUUGGCUAUACCCCGGUCAAGACCGCACUACUACGCGGCCGCAAAAUAUGAAGCGUCCGGAUUCCGGAAGCGCGGCCCCGCAUAACCUGGGGGCAGCGGCUGUGAAGCCUAUGCCCCCGUUCCAGAAGCUUGUGGAUCCCCGGAUCGCUGAACUUGGCGCCUUGUGGGGAGGGGGGAGGGCGCGCGCCUUCCUUGGGUGCGUGUGGUUAGCACAGUUAGGCCGUGGGAUUUGCACCUCGACCGCAAUCAGUGCCAGUCGUAUGGGCAGGCAGCUCCUCCUCCCACCACCCCCUUCCCAGCUCCGUGUUACACUAGAUCAUCUCAGUUUUCCUGAUAAGCAUCUCAUGCACACCACACUUGUAGUAAGUGGUAGGAAGCAGUAUCCUAGGACAUCCUUCUUGGCUAGCUAUGGUCAUCUGAAAAAAGAAGUUGCAACCAUCUGCAUACCUUACCUUCUUGCUCGGGGCUCUCUCGGGCUAUCCAGGAUGGUAAGUAGUAUUAUUGCUAACAUUCCUGUCUCUACACGUCAUGACUUGGGGUUGGUUGCCGUGGAUAUUAGUUCAUCGCAUCAACAUGAAUGGCCGAGAGGAUUUUCCCCUUCCUGCGGAGACCAGUGGAUAGAUCUGCCUCUUAAGCUUGGAGCUUCAUUCUGGUUGGCUCCCCCAGUGUUUGGUGGUAGUACAAGUGUUCCUCGUGAAACACUUACGAUCCGCACGACAAGGCAGACUAAGACUGACAGGCUGCGCAGCCUAAGCGGCCCCUCGGCGACUAGUGGGCAGGGAAUGGGAUCCCAAAGCGUAGCAUUUCGGCGAAUGUGCAGAAAUCCUAGUAUCCCGUGGUAUGCUCCCGAUGUUUCAAUCACAGGUCGAGCGGAUAUUCAUGCUAUGCCAGAGAUAUACUCCGUACUCCGCACCAGACUAGAGGAUGAUCCCAAAUCCAAAGAAUGGAUGCACCGACCAUUUUCUGCUGGGCGAACGGUUGCCGCCGGUAGUUACCGUGGUAGUGACCCCGUGACUCGCAAGAUUUCUCAUCAAGACAACAAACUGCAGACGGGACGAGUGUCGAUCCCCGGCUGCGUUGAUCGCGGGGAAGAUCUUCCGUCUUUCGGAGUUGAAAAAGCGGAGGAGACAGUGAACAAUAGUUGCAAAGGAUGGAUGAACGGGGUUUAUGUGCUCGUUCUGCUGAUACCCCGAGCCCCGGGGAUUCUACCGGGUCCUCUAGAAUGGAUCCCCCCUUCUAGACUAUCUCUGGGGUCAGGGUUGUCGCACCAUGAUCAGCGUCAGUCUGAUUCAAUAGUGCGUUGGGGCUUCAUGCAGAGCGGAUGCGAGGAGACUGGAAAGACCGAGAGAUAG